CUUCCCUGCAGAGAGCGUUAACGUUACCAUGUUAUGUUAUUGUGUGGAUGUGCUAAAUGUUCACGCUAAGGCUUCAUAACACUGCAGUUAUAUAAGCAGUGUGUCACUGCUGAGAACGAUGUCAUUGUUUAUGUCCUGAUGAACACAAUAUUUGCUCUUGCUCUCAAUAGGCCUAUAUGUUGUAUACAUAUUGCUGGCUAAUGUUUCGGGGCCAUUGUAUCUUGUGAUGGAUACUGCUGGCUCUGUUCUGCGAGUACUCACAGAGGCAAUCCGACAUGGGAUUCCUGCAGAGCAGUUUUAAAAUGAACCUUCCCCCCAACCUGAACUUCUUACAGUAUAGCUUGCAAUUCUUUAAAAUGUGUUGAUUGGUAUAAUAAACAAAGAAUAUUUGAACAGUGUUCUUGCAAGCAUUGUAGAAAAGUAAGGCUACAUUGAGAAAAACAAGAGAUUGCUAGAGCUUCGGGGGUAAACAAAAAACACCACAGGCUGCAAAAAGUACAUUUUCAGAGAAUUGUUGUUAUUCCCCAUGGUCUUGGUCACAGCAAUAAUAGACGUCAUUGUGAUUUCUUUCCCUAUGACCGAGCCGGGAUGCACUGCAUAGUUGAGGUUAGCAGCAGUGGUCCUGUUGUUUUUGAACAGACUACCGAAACACCCGUGAGAAGUCCAGUGGUCCUGGAUCAUACAGUUGCAUAUACUUUAUUUAUUUUUUCCUCCAUAAUCGUGUUUCUCAGGGGGUAGGGUUGGCUGAUCAAUUGGAGCUCAAGACCUUUUCUAAACUCAAUUUGGCCCAUACCUCAAAGGAUGAAGCUUGGAUGUCUUGGGGAGGGAGGGGUGAAAAAGAGCAACUCCCUCCAAGCAAGGACAGAGUCAAUAUUUUUCCAUCCCUGUCAUGCUUACCAAGUGUGUUUUCCCCCGAGCUCUGGUCCCGAGCAUACACCUCUGUUAUCUCACCAUGCUUUUUGAUCAUGGAUGCACUCUGUGCUUGUUGAAGGGAUUUCAAAGGGAGAAGGUCUGCGCAGUGUUGACCACGCCAGCACGUCAAGUCCAGACAUACUGUAGCUGUUUUGAUGUUGAUCUCCGAGGCCUGCAGAACCCUUUAUUUCUGUAGGAUGGUGAGUGGCCCAGCCAGGUAGCCACGACCAGCCCUCCGUUGCCAUGGACGCCUGUGCCCGCAUUCGAGGGGUGCCGCUGAGGACCAGAGCGUCCAUUCGAAAAGAGACGGUGCGUGACAGCGGGGGACAGUGUGUGAAGAGCCUUCUGAGGACGAAGAAAGAGCUGUGUCGUGUGAGUGUGGAGCUGCAGAGAGGAGACGCACUCAGGUUAACCGAGAUCAAUUUUGUGUGUCUUCCUGGUCUCUCUGAAGGGAAGGAUGCCUCUCCACAGGCUCUGUCCUCUCUGCCCGUGGAGCUGUGUGACCUGCUCCGCUCCCUCCACGUCCACAGCCUCCGCAACGACGAGGUGCUGCUGCUCAAGGACUCGCGCCGCCCGCCCCCGGGAAGGGACCCAGCCACUCAGUGCUGGCUCAGGGUGGUGUGCGUGCUGAGGCACAGUCCCAGCUCUGGGCCCUGUCCUCAGGCCAUCAUCGCCUCCCUCCUGGGCCUGCUGGGGCGCUAUGCCGCCGGGAUCCGCUACGCCCUGGAGCUGCAGGUCCUCAACAGGGGCUCGUCCGAGUCCCACCAGGCGGAGGAGGACGACACCAACCAGUCCGUCUCGUCCAUCGAGGACGACUUUGUGACCGCGCUGGAGCAUCUGGAGGAGGAGGACGCCAGAGAGGCCCCCUCUGCAGCUGCAGCUCCGUAUCACCAUGGCACAAAACGUGACGUAGCGUCCCAGACCAUCCCGGCCCACAAGAGAAAGAAAGACCUCGCGGGGUCGCGUGUGAUCAUCGGCUCCUCCGCCAAGCGGCCCGCCUCCAAGCUCCAGUGUGGGCCGGAGGUGUCCAUCACGGUGCAGAGACCGUCAGCCCCCGACUCCCAGUGGACCCACUACAACCCGGGGACCCGCCUCCCGGAACCCGCCGCCGCCCACUACAGCGAGUCGGACGAUUCCGAUGGCUCCAGCCCCAGCCCCAUCAUCUUCCUGGAUGAGGUGGGCUACCAAAAGAGUCUGCUGGCCAAGCUGGACAUCCCCCAGGUGCCCGGCGGGCCCAGGGAGCCCGUGGAGGACUCUGACUCGGAAGUCAGCGAGUUCUUCGACAGUUUUGACCAAUUUGAUGACCUAGACGAGCUGAGCUCCGACAGCUGCACCCUCACCCUGCCUCUGGACCUCGUGAACCCCUCAGACCCGGGCCAGAAAAAGAAGAAGCCGUCCGAGAUCAACGUAGGUGGCUCCAAAUACGUGUCUCGAGGCUGCUCCACCAAGGGUAGGAACCUGCAGCGCUUUGACCAGCCCCCCCUUCCCGCCAAUCUGAAAAAGCCUACACCUCUAAAACCCGGAUCACCCUACUCCCCGAACUCUGAAGUGCCCGACUCCCCCCGUCCUGUGCGGACGUCCUGCGAGGAGGGUCCGCUUUUCAGCCCCGUUAGCGCCUCGGCCUUCAGCCCCCUGGGCGACUCCGGAGGUUCACUGGAGUACUUUUGGAAAUCGGAGGGAGAUGUCUCAGAGCUGCGCAAGCCCCAGGACCUUUGCUCGCUCUACAAGACCUACUCCGACUUCGCCAGCAGUCUGUCGAGGGAGAUCCUGGGCUCGGUGUGCGGCUACCAGUCCCCGACGGACAUGUCGGACAACAAGAACCUGAGCUGCGUCUGCCACAAGGAGUUCCAGAACCCCGCCGGCCACCUGAUGAAGCUCUCCGAGAUCCAGGAGGCCGUGACGGUGGACAAGCUGCAGCAGAGGCCUCAGUCCCUGAAGGACGGCAUCCAGCGCUUCGCCACAGACCUGGUGGAGAUGAGCUUGGGCAGCGCCCUGCGGGACCUCCAGAAGGGCGUGUCCCAGUGCACCACCACGCUCUGCCACCUGGCCGCCAGGCUCACCUCCUCCGUGUUCCAGAUGGCCUUCCACGAGAUCGGCAUGCGCCGCGCCAUCGUGCUGAAGGAGCGGGCCAUCAGCGGCCUUGCCGGCUUCCUGGUCGGCGAGGCCGUGUCCGGGGCGCUCAAGGAGUUCCUGACGGUCAAAAAGCAGAUCUUCAACAGCACGGUGUCCCAGUUUGCUGCAGACCUUGCCGAGGAACUGGUGUUUGAGGGCAUCAUGGAGGUGUGUCAGUUCUCCCACCCCUCGACCCCGCUCACCCCUAGUGACUGGUCCUUCGGCCAAGGGAGAGGAGAGGCAGAGGAGGACGACGACGACGAAGGAGAGGAGGUGGUGUGCUCCUAUGCUUCAGACCUGUCGGAGUCGGUCAUACAGGAGGCUUUCAUUCAACUCUCCCAGGCUGACGUGGCCUUCACGAGCCAGGCAGCCAUCAGUGUUUCUCUGGACAACGUCUGCUACGUCAGCUCCGACGACACCAGCACACACACCUGCAGUACCGUCACCAGUUCGCAGGUGUGCCACGCCGACCCGGCCGCCGACGGGACCCCCGGCCCGUCAGGGGAGAACGGGGUGUGCACGGUGAAGAAAGCGCUGUUUACAGUGUCGGGCAUGGCCAGCUGCAUUUCUGUGCCACAGGCAGGCCAAGCCCUUUCCCUCCCCGCGCCCUCCGAAGAGACGUGUCAGUAUAAGUCAGCCCUGGCCUCCACGUCACAGACCAGCCCCAAGAGGACAGUGGUGACGACGGCCUCUUCAGACACCACCGCCGCCACGCAGACUGAGAACUACCCUCAAGGACCCCACUCACACGGUCCCCGGGGAGACACCUCCGAAGGGAAGUCCCCUUUCCACCACUUCUCUGGCAACAUGGUGGACAUGAUCGUCACCGAGGCAUGUGAGCUUAUGACCGCUACGAAGAUGAAAAAGAGUUUUGGUGACUGCGCAGAGUUUUUCACCAAGAAUAUAGGGAGCAGGAGAGGCUCCUCUUCUAGGCCUGGUUCGGUCAGCGACGAUCUUCCUGACUCACCGCUGGUGCAGAGAGCUGGCCAGGAGAGCUUCACAUACGACGGCAAGGACUGUGGGGCUGUGAAUCAAAGCGGUCCCCCUGAACAGACGUCAGGAACACACAUUGAGCCGUCUCAGCCAAAAUGUGCAAGCAGAGGUAGUGGGGAGUGUAUCCCUGGUAGUAGUGGUGGGACAGGGGAGAUGCUUCCUGUGACCAUGGACUCUUUAGAUUUGCCCGGAGCCAGGACAGGAGUCCAGAGGAAGACCUCCAUCCCCAGGGAGGAGUCCACCCCAAGCUGCGGUCAGAAGACCACACGGACACCCGGAACCCCUCCUUCUAGCCCCCAGCAGCCCACCGAGGUGUCGAAGGAGAAACAGAUCAGGCAGUUCUCCAAGAAAUUAAAAGGCAAGCUGGCCAAGGAGUUCUCCCCAGCGACCCCACCACCUACCCCCCGCUGCCUACCGGAGCCCGGUCCCGGGCCGGCAGACCCUAGCCCCGAGGCAGACAAGGCCGACUUUAUGGUGAAUCUGAUGCGGUCGCUGUCGGAGGAGGCUGAGGGCCACGGGCAGGAGGAAGAGGACGAGGAGGAAGAGCAAGAGGAACAUGGAGAAGGCGGGCCUGGCGCCGUCCACCGAGGCUCGGCGAUCGGAGGCACCUCAAGGGCGACUGCUCGCAGGAUGUCCAACAAGGAGGCCUUCCGCUAUGCCGAACGGCUUGCCUGUCACAUUGUAUCCAUGGCGACGGAGAUGGACACCCUGAUUGGGGCUGAGAAGCUGGAGAAGGAGAAGGAGAAGGAGAAAGAGGAGGAUGGGUCAGGGAGCCCAGAGGGAGUUGCGAGGAGGGACAGCGUGGCUCAGUUCUCGGAGGAGACCCUCAAUUCGCUGUGGGUUUACGCCGGCGAGGUGGCGGGGGAAGUCAUCAGUGACGUGAAGCGGUUGGUCAACCCAGGUCCGCAGUGUCCCCAUCACAGCGCCCUGCGCAGAAGUAGCCUGGACAGGCCAGUCCCUGAGUGUCACCACCAUCACCAUCAUCCAAUGGCUUCCAGCACCCAGUAUCCCAUCUCCACCGCCACCUCCAGCCCAGGCUUGUCCUCCCAGUACCCCAGCUGCGAGAGUGUGACUGACGAGUAUGCCGGCUACCUCAUCAGGGUGCUGAAGAAGGAGGGAGGCAGCAGGGAACUCGUGCUGGACCAGUACGCCAGCCGCUUGGCCUACCGCUCCAUCAAGCAAGGCCUGACCCACGCCGCCCGCAAGAUGAAGAAGAAGUCUUCCAGCGCUCGUCGACUCCACUCGUCCAGGUCCCUACCGGAGGAUUGGAAGGCAGCCGGGGAUGAGGCGUCCCAGCCAAGGGUCGGACAGAGCAUCGUGUGCACUUGCCCCCAGGACUCUGAGGAACAGCGUCAGCGGGAGUACGCCGACUUGGUCCACUUUUCGGAGUCGUUAGCGUACAGCAUCACCUGCGACGUGACGCGGAAGCUGUGCCUGCCGCCCGCGCUCCUGCCCAAGUCUCUGACAGACUCCUGUAUCUACAGAAGCACCAAACUGGAGGACAUGGCCGAGAAUCUGAUCAGAGACGCCUUCUCCUGCCCCCUGCUGGCCGAGGAAGGUAAGGGCGGGCAAUACCACAGCAACAGCAGCCUGAGUGACGGGGGCUACGGCGCCGGGGUCAUGCAGGUCAUAGAGCACUAUGCCAGGAAGAUAGUGGAGGACACCCUGGAGAUGGGUCUUUCUGCGGCCGGCCACUUGGGCCAGGAGAACCUGAGGCCCCCGGCUCACGACAGACACGCCUACGCGGACAGGCUGUCGGAGGGAGCCUGCCCCCACUGCACCAGGCCCAGGGCGCACCACCUCCACCACUGUCGGCACGCAGGCCCCAGGGUGAGGCCCAAGCGGGGCCAGGAGUGCGAGGGCGGAGCGGAACACCUCCUGGAGAUCCCCAAGAUCCAGAUCGACCUGGACCUCCGCGUGGCAUUCGCCGAGGAGAUGGUCUCCGUCGCCAUGGAGACGGCCAAACGGGAGCUGAGCAACACCAGCCUCAACGCCGACAGCGGCAUCGGCCACGACGGGGCCAGCUACGCUGAGAGCCUGACGGCUGAGAUCAUGACGUCGGCGCUGUCCAACCUCUGUCAGGCGGCAAACCCCAGCUCCCCAGGAAGGGAUGCCACUGAGUCGACGAUGCCCCAGCAGCUCAGCGUGGGCGACGACAGCCUCGGCAGCUGGUCCAACCUGAGCUUUGAGGAUGAGCACCCCGACGAGAACAGCAGCUUCCUCCACCUCAGCGACAGCAGCAAUGGGAACAGCAGUAGCUGGAGCAGCCUUGGCCUGGAGGGGGAGGUGUGUGAGGACCACCUGUCCUUCUCCCCCUCGGACAGUGAAUGUCCCGAGGAGCAGGAGACCGACGUCAAGGAGGAAUCUAGUGGGACAGUGUGCGUGGACAGGCCUCAGCCGCCGGCCCCCAAGGCCCUGCUGGUGCUGGUGAACUCUGAGGUCAUGGAACCGGGACAUGAGCCCCAGGGGGCCGUGAUCCUGGACCCCCAGGUGAGGUGCAUGCUCCAGUGGGCUGCAGCCUCCAUGGCCGAGUUGCCCCAGGUGCAGCUGGGCACGGAGAGAGAGAUCCAGCAGCUCCAGGCGGUGGUCCAGCGGCUCCGGGAGCGGGAGUGCCGGGUGGGGGACCUGCUGCAGGCCCUGCUGCGCUACUGUGAAGAGGUCCAGGCCCGGAGCCAGUUGCCGGCGCCCUCCCACCCCAGGGAGACGCCCUCUCUGCCCCACCACGGCACGCCGCUCUUCCAGUGGCUCCUGGAGCACUUUUAACCUCUCCCUACUCCUUCUCUCCCUCCUUUCUGUUCCCUUAUCUUUACCCCUCUCCCGGUGACACCUGCUCUGUGUAUGCGGAAUCGCGCUGCUGCCUAUUGGCCUCCACUGCUGUAUUACUCCCCUACCCAACACCCGUCCAUGUGAACCGAGACCCCCCUCUCUCUAGUGUCUCCUAUAGGGCUUCAUACCAGCCGGCCGUCACUAGAUGGCGCCAGGCAGAUGACACGAAGAAAUCUGCUCGUGUGUGUGUGUGUGUGUGUGUGUGUGUGUGUGUGUGUGUGUGUGUGUGUGUGUGUGUGUGUGUGUGUGUGUGUGUGUGUGUGUGUGUGUGUGUGUGUGUGUGUGUGUGUGUGUGUGUGUGUGUGUGUGUGUGUGUGUGUGUGUGUGUGUGUGUGUGUGUGAGAGAGAGAUAGGGUAAUUUGCACUGUACCGUGACCAGCAGUAAUUCCUUUUUCCUUCCUCCCAAUUAGUCGUUAGAGCUCUGUUUAUUCUUGGUAUUAGCCUCCGUCGUUCUGAUUUAGUGACUGACCUCGGAAACAGCCGAAACCUUGUGUUCUUGCUAAUCUUCUUUUACUGCUACAGAAAGAAAGCGGAGGAGAGAAGCCCAGCCCUAGUCGAGACAAUGUGUUCUGUGUUAGGGAAUCCCCACUCGGGUGGAUGAUGUCAAAGCCGCAGUUCACCUCUGUGGUGGCGUUUCCACAUGCUAAAGACACCGACCUCACACACGCAUGUGCGCACACACACACACACACACACUGCACCACCACACCCUUCAUCAUUUGUACUGCCCGAAGUCAUUCAAGUUGCUUAAUAUGACUACCUUUUUUCUCCUCGAGCAUAUUGUAUUUCAAGACUCUAAAGUGAUUGCUUGUCAGUCAUGGUGUAUUCCGUUUCUGGCCCUGUUGCACUGAGGCUCAGUAAAUAUGUGGUAUCGAAACACUUGGAUUAUUCACACCUGUCAAAUAAGGGGUAUAUAUAUAUAUAUAUAUAUAGAUAUAGAUAUAGAUAUAGAUAUAGAUAUAGAUAUUAGUGUUUACCCCUCAUAUCGCAGAUCACUUCUUCCCAUCAGUAUUAGUGUGCAAAAUAGAGGUCUAAACUCUGCUCAAAACACAAUCAAUAGUGAUUAUCAGGAAGUUAUCAAGGAUUUCAAGGCAUUGUAUUUUUUGAGCCUGGAAAACCUUCCAACCUUUCGUUUUUGCACAAAUAAACGUAAGGAAAUAACCUGUACUUCUUUACCUGACGUAUGGCCAGUUGAAGUUGAACUGCUGCUCGGUGAUGCAAGCAGCCAUGGAUUGUAGUGGCGGAGUCUCUAGCCGUAUGAAGCCGGGACAGUGACUGUCAUCGUGUGUGUGUGUGUGUGUGUGUGUGUGUGUGUGUGUGUGUGUGUGUGUGUGUGUGUGUGUGUGUGUGUGUGUGUGUGUGUGUGUGUGUGUGUGUGUGUGUGUGUGUGUGUGUGUGUGUGUGUGUGUGUGCAUCGGUGUCGAGCCUGGGGCCACCGUGGAUGGUGUUGAGGAGGACAGGGCGGAGGGAUCUACUGACGUAGAUGACAUUAAUCACAGGUUUCCCAAGCAAGACCUCCGAAACCAUCAGUAGCAUCACACAUAACCAAACAGUCGCCAGUCGCCCGUUCACCACCACCACCACCACCACCCACACGCACACGUCAGUGUGUGUGUUAUUCAAUAUUCCUGGCUAUCGCCACUUCUAUUGAACACACACGCCCAUGUUACUCAUCAGAGGAAUGCUAAACACGCACACAGGCUCUGAUUUGCUGAUGUUUGCAUCAGUACUGCUUCCUCAAUGAUUAACAGACAAAAGGGGAAGGAGACUCAGCUCCGGGCUCUCCCUGCCUCUCCAUCUCCCCCUCUCUCUCUCUCUCUCUCUCUCUCCACCACCUCUGUCCCCUCCCUCACCCUCUUCCAUCUCGUUCCUCCGCCAUCUCCCUCUGCCAUCUCCCUUUCCCUCUCUCCCUCCAUCUCCCUCUCCAGAGGUAGAAGAUGAUCAUGGGGAUCAUCUUCCCCUUGAGUUCCUCCUCAUCGUUGUGGAUCGCGUCCCAAUCUGCAUGGCUGAGUCUCUGAAAUCGGACUCCUUCUUUGGGCUGAAUAUCGUUCUAUAAAUGUACCUGGCUGUCGUGUUGAUCCGUGGCUCGCCAAAACGUGCAAUUGUUCGCAACAGUUAUUCCUGUAUCAUGAAUUAAAAUGCUAUACAUAUAUAUCUAUAUAAUUAUAUACAGUAUAUAUCGAUAUAGAUAAAUAUUACACACACAGAGCACAGGUGGGCUUCUAACGACCAUCCAGUUUAUACCUGAAGACAGUGUUGUUAAAAAAGAAAAUUGGAGGGGUUUUGAGAAUUGAAAUGCACACCGCCGUGUUUCUUGGUUUACAUUCUAAACAUUUCAAACAAAGUAUACAAAAAAACUACGAAUGUAUUGAGAGUGAAAGCCUGCUUUGGUCUAAAGGGCCUUUCCUUUAGACCAGGGGGGGGGGGUGAUGUGACUUCUCCAUGACGUACCUGCUGAACCUUCCCCCCACCCCCCUGCCCCUGGUUAUAUUUCUUUCUUAAACGUAGUACUUCAACGUUCUUCUCUUUCCAGGUGACCUAUAAACUCUAUCGUGUGUUGUUAAACAAACGUGAUAACAUCAAUGCCUGUUCCUGCAGAGAAAAACGAUGGUGGUUGUAGUAAAAAAGUAGUCUUGUAUCUAAUAUUUUGUUCUGUUGGCUCCAGCGUUCAUUUGGUUCCUAUCUCUAUAAAUGCACACAGGCAGCCCUCACUUUCUUCUGUUUCCUGCUUCCUUGUAACAUUUUGCCAAAUAAGAUAUUUAAUAAUUUAUGUAAGUUGUAUAAUGUUAAGUAAACUUCUUGUUCCUCUAGUGGCAAUGCUGAAUAAUUGACACAUGCUUAGCUUGAUAUCAAAGCACUAAAUAUGUCAUUGUUAAAGCGAUGUGGGACAAUAAAGCUUUUACAUGUGGUCUGAAGAAACUUCUGUUGGCUUUUCAAUUAUUUACAUUUUUACAUUUACAUUUAGGGCAAUUUCAGACGUUUUUAUCCAAAGCCACUAACAAUAAGUACAUUAGUCAGAAAUAAGUACAUUUGUCAGAAUCUGUUGAUUUCCUGGUGCGACCACACAUAAAGUAUAUUCGUUUUUUCAUUCCCAUUUAUUUAAAAAGAAGAAUUCUUAAAGGUGAAAUAUAUAUAUAGGAUUAAGUGGCUUUUAAUGGUCAUUCCCAAUUCCGUACGAGAAUGGCCUGUACUGGCCUGUAAGGUGACUAGGUACUAAAACAAAUAUGUUAUAUAAGUGAAGAGGUUUCUUAACAGCUCAAUUUAUUAGUGUCAACUUUAGCUUACAAGUAAUAUAUUGAUUGUUAAAAUAUAAGAAAUAGGUCCUUGACUCGUUCUGGGCUACUAUAGAAAAAUGGCAGUAAGACAAGAUGGCUCAUGGAAGAGGACCCACCCACUAUAUAGGUCAA